UAUAACUAGCUUAACGAAAUAGAAAAAGCAAUCUACUUUCCAAUAAGAUAUACUUCUCGAGGUGAUUAAAUUUUAACAAGAGAUUAAACGACGUGAUAUUCUUAAACAAUAUAUCGUUGUGUAACGUAUUUAAAACUCUUAAUUUGUGUGUGUGUGUCAUUCUGCUCCUUUUGACAAGUAAAUGUGGAACUGCUUGGUGGUUAAUUAGAAAUGAUUUGUUUCAUAUUCUGCUUCGUGGCAUUUCUCCAGUUCCCUUUGCCAGGUUUAGGACAAACUUUAGAAAAUGUGACAAAACUAUAUGACGAUCUUUUCAGUAGUUACAGGAGAAAUAUCAUACCACUAAAUAAUCGGUCACAGCCUAUAGAAGUUUCUCUUGCUUUCUUUUUAUUAUCUAUCAAUUCUUUUAGAGAGGUCGAGGAAACGCUCGUUCUAACAGGAGGAUUGUCAGUGAUAUGGAAAGACACAUCAUUAUCAUGGAAUCCUGUAGAUUAUGGAAAUAUACAAUCUUUGGAUGUGGAUUCCACAGAUAUAUGGAUACCAUGGAUUUAUCUAGUAAAUAAUGCAAAAGAAUUUGAACCUGUUGGUUUUGAUUCUGCUUUUAGAGUAUAUAUAAAUAGCAGCGGAUUUGUUCAUUAUUCUCCAGGGAGUAUUUUAGAAGCAAAAUGCCAAACUGAUAUUUCAAAAUUUCCUCUUGAUACCCAGCCAUGCCUAUUGGACUUUCUUGCAUGGGGUGGAGGCGCUACAACUUACAAAUUAAUAUCGUCAUUCAAUGAAGUUAAUUUAGAUUACUACACAAAGGACUCAAAUUGGGAGGUGGUAACUAGAGACACAUAUUCAAAACUAGAACCAGAAGGUUAUUAUAGGUUUCGUAUGAGUUUAUCAUUAAAAAGAAAACCAAUGUAUUAUAUAGUAAUGAUUGUCCUACCAACUAUGUUACUGUCAUUACUUAAUCCACUAGUGUUUUUACUUCCGGUAGAAUCAGGAGAACGUAUAUCCUUAGCAAUGACAGUACUUUUAUCGUACGCCAUAUUUUUAACGCUUGUUUCAGCAUCAAUUCCAGCAUCCUCUAAUCCUAUGUGUUUCCUGUUGAUUGUUAUGAUUAUCAUCAUGUUGAUUAGUGGACUCACAGUAGUGGCUGUCAUUAUAACCACUAAGGUAUACUAUCAGGAAGAAUAUUUCCCUGGAAAGAUUAUGAAAUUUUUCCUUUGCAGAAAGACAAGGAAUCAGGAUGUUAUUCCUUUGGAUUGUGAGAAAAUAGAACACCAGUCUUUAAAUGGAAAAAAUGUAUCUAAUUUUCUCGACAGGUUUUUUUUUAAUUUCUUCAUAUUUGAUUAUUGUCAUAACUCUUGUGGCAUAUUUUCUGUAUGUAAAUACGUAAAAAUACGAAAGCCUAUUAGGGUCACAAAAAAAAUAUUUUUAUCUAGUAAUUACGAGAUAAUCAUAGUUUUAUCUCGUAAUUACGAGAUAAUUAUCGCGUAAUUACGAGAUAAAUAUCGCGUAAUUACGAGAUAAUUAUCGCGUAAUUACGAGAUAACUAUCGCGUAAUUACGAGAUAAAUAUCGCGUAAUUACGAGAUAAAAAUUCAUUUGGCCAAGUAGAUUAAGAGGAGAAAGAUUUGUGUAAAAGAUUAAAAAAAAUUACUUAAUUGCAGAAAUGACUUUAAAGGGCAAUAACUCCUUAAGGGGUCAAUUGACUUAUUUGUAGAUCUUACUUGGCUAAACAUUUUUGCUCCUUCAGUUUAUAUCUUUCUAUUAUAAUAUUCAAGAUAAUAACCAAAAACUGAAAAAUAAUCAUUAAAAUUACCAAUUCAGGGGCAGCAUCCCAACAACGGGAAGUGAAAAUUUUUACCCUGUCAUAUUUGCUCUAAAUGCUUUAGUUUCAGAGAUAUAAACCAUAAACUACAUUUUACCCCCCCCCCCCCCCAUGUUCGAUUUUUAGCCAUGGUGGCUAUCUUGGUUGGUGGGCGGGGUCUUUGGAUACAUUUUUUUAAACUAAAAAACCCUAAGGAUGAUUAAGGCCAAGUUUGGUUCAAUUUGGCCAAGUGGUUUCAGAGGAGAAGAUUUUAGUAAAAGUUAACGGACGACGACGGACGACGGACGCCAUGUGAUGGGAAAAGAUCACUUGACCCUUUGGGUCAGUUGAGCUAAUAAAAACGGGCGUUUUAUCAGGUGCCCCGGAAGGGUAAUCACGAUCUGUAUAUCUAUAUAUAUAUAUAUGUGUAAUUUUAUCUCGUAAUUACGAGAUAGUUUUCUCGUAAUCACGUGAUAAUUAUCUCGUAAUUACGCGAUAAUUAUCUCGUAAUUACGAGAUAAAAAAUGAUUAUCUCGUAAUUACGCGAUAAUUAUCUCGUUAUUAACGAGAUAAAAAAUGAUUAUCUCGUAAUUUCGCGAUAGUUUUCUCGUAAUUACGAGAUAUUUAUCUCGUAAUUACGAGAUAAAUAUUAUUUUUUUUUGUGACCCUAAUAGGCUUUCGUAUAAAAAUGAUAGAGGCUAGAGAAAUUACAUUUAAAAUAUCAGCCUUUAAAGACGAUAACUAUUGAUUAUUCAUCACCUUGUUGAAGACUGUAUGUAGACCACUAGAUGUUCUUUGUUUUUUUUGUUGGCUUUUUUUUUGUUUGUUUGUUGUUGUUUUUUGGUGUAAUGCUUUCACUCAUCAAAUAUAUGACAUAGAUCAUUUUAAGCUUCUUUCACUGAUAAAAAUAUACCUGAAGUUAACAUCAAGCACACUAUGGUGAGAAUUUAAAUGCUAUUAAAAAAUAAUAAAAUGAAUUGAUCCUUCCUUAUCAUCGUCAAUAUAAAACAAUAAUUUUCUUUUGCAAUCUAUGUAAAAAGUCAAUAAAAACAUGACAUAAAAAUGUUUUAAAAAAAUUUACUUCUUGAUACGAAAAAACUAUUGAGAACCUUAAGUUAGAUGAUUACUACAUACUAUUUUUACUUUAAUUUUUAUGUAGAUUUAGAUCGGGUGCUUUUGUCAGAGAGCUUUUAACCUACAUAUAAUAAAUAACUAGUAAUGAAUAUUGCAUGUUGUAGUUGGUGAUAUUCAAGAUAGCAUUGUGGUGCCGUCUGUUAUAUAACGUCAUACUUGUUUUGGUGUGUCUGUUUUUUUAAAUCAAUUGUUAUUGUUGUUGUGCAAAAUUUCACUUGAAUAAAGUGUAAAGAAGAUUUUGAUCUGAAGACUUUCUAAAAACUUAUUUUGAUUACUAUUUUUUUUAAAUAAGUUUAUACAAACUUUUUAAAUUUUACGUGUUGAAAGUAAUAUUCUAUCUUUGAAUUUCGAUAUUAACUUUCAUUGUAAUCUUUAUAAAGAACGUUGACUGGUCAGUGUUCGAUGUUAAAAUUUCCAAAGGAAAUGUGAGCUUUUGCCAUCACUUGGCGUCCGUCGUCGUCCGUCGUCGUCGUCGUCCGUCCGGUGUAAACUAUUUCAAACAUCUUCUCUGUAACUACUGAACCAAUUCCAACCAAAAUUAAGUUGAAUGAUCCUUAGGGUAUCUAGAAUAAAGUUUGUGUUUUAUUUUCUGUUUCAUCAAAAAACAUGAUGCUGAAUCAAUUUCAGCCAAACUUGGGCUGAAUUAGUUUCAUAGUAUCUAGUAUAAAUUUUGUAUUUUAUUUCCUUGUACGUCAAGAAACAUAGCCACUAUGGCUAAAAUGCAUUUUUUUGCUUUUGAAGAAAAUAUGACAGAUACAAAGAACAUUUAAAUAGCAUUUUUAAGCCACUCAUUAAUAUAUAUUGAAAAACAAAAAUAAUCAUUGAUGAAAGAUUUAAGCAAAAAAUUACAAGUGAGCGAGUCAGGCUCUUGAGAGCCUCUUGUUUGAUAUAAGUUAGAACACCGAGGAAGCAAAAAAUAUGUGCCAUGUCACUACUUUACAUCAUAAUGUAAUGGUGUUCAAUUAGUCAACAUGUCAACACAAUGAUUGAGUUAGAAUAUAGUUUUAGUGUAAUUGAGUAGGAAGAUCAAUGUUAUACAUUUCAGCAAAUGUUGUCCAAUUUUGAUAUAAUUCAGUAAGUUUAAAUAAUUUUCUAAAAUUGAUCACCAGUAAAUUUGAUGAAAUUAAUUGAAUGGAAUGGUCGUAGAAACCUAAUUAUCCUUAAAUCAAUAUUGCUGUAUUACCGUUAAUGACUGUUUUAUAUUGGUCAAUAUUAUAUCGAACGUACAAUACUCUUAAAAUUCUUAUUUAAUUUGUUUAGUAGUUUCGGGUUCAAUUUUAGGAAUUUCGAUUGUCUAUUUGAGUAUAUUUCUUUAAGGGAUCUUUAAUACUUGUAUCUUUUUAAGCGAUUUAAGUACAUAGCAGAAAUGGCUGUUAUUUUUGGUGCUGUUGAUUUUUAAUGCUUGAGGCAGCAAUAACCAAUUUAUUUUUGUUUUUGUUUCACCAAGCUGGGGAUCGAACCUCGAUCUUCUAAAUCGAGAGAGCAAUUUCGUAGAAAAUUCAAACGUUUUCAGAGCUUAUCUUAUUGGUAAAUUUCCACUUCGAUCUUAAAAAGUUCAAUCAAAUUAAAAACUUUGACUUUAAUGAUCCUGCGAUCCUGUUCACGUUUGCUUUCGGUAUUCUCGCCAAUUGCCUUUUUCUUCACUGUAGCAACUCAAACAUUUGGAAUGUAUUAUUCACAAACCAUUAUGGUGUGCAGAAAGGCAAAACAAAACAGACAUUUUCAAAACUCAAAUACCAUUCUGCUAAAUUGUAUUUAACUAAUUCAAAACAAUAACUUAUGUUAUUUAUUUCCUGUUUUCAAUAGAAAGUUUACUUGAAUUUGAAACUGCAUAACUGCAGUUACUCAAUAUCGUUUACAAAUCUUUCGAUUGCUGACACUAUAAAUAUUGGACUAUAUUUUUAUUUUAUCUUAGUGAUAAUGAUAUAACUUUCCUUGAAUCAAAUGUGCCCUGUCGUAAAAAAAGUAAAACAAAAAUACAAAGGCAAAUUUGAUAAUAAAGAGCUGCGCCAUGAGCGCAUGAUACGCCCGUCGCUUUUUCAAAGAAUUAAGUUCCAUAACUCCUCAAUAUCAUAUCAGAAAAUUUAUAAAAAAAAAUAAGGGAAGGUUAUUUUAAUAGAUAUAAACCAGUCACCAAAGUUUCAUGAAAACUGCUGAAAGUACUUUUGAGUUAUUGUCCGAAAACUGGAAAAUCCCCCCUUUUUUAUGAAUAAAAUCCCAUAACUCUGAUAUGUAAAAUCUAAAAUUUAUAAAAAUCGAAAGGGAGCAUACGUCAAUAGAUAUAAACAAUUCGUCAAAGUCUCAUGAAAACUGCUCUAAGCAUUUUUGAGUUAUUGUCCGAAAAUUCUAAAAUUUAUAAAAAUCGAAAGGGAGCUCACGUCAAUAGAUAUUAACACUAUUUAAUUAACACUUAUUAAUUUAACAUAUAAAGUUUCAUGCAAAUUGGUUAAAGCGUUAUUGUGUUAUUGUCCGACAUGUUAACGACGGACGGACGGACGGACAACGGUAUACCAUAAUACGACCCGUAAACGGGCGUAUAAAAAAGUGAAGUCCAUAAAAACUGACUAAAUCAAACGCUGUCAAUUAACGGAACAAGUGAAAUACAAUUGCCAUCUUCUCCAUUACAUAUUCCCUUUAUUGCUGUAAUAAAUGCUUAUCCAAUAUAAAGUUCCCUAUAAAGUAAAAAAGCGCAUGAUACCGGUUUCGUGACCACAACAAGUUAUUUUGGAUGGAAUUUCUUCGAGAGCAAACGUUUUGGAAAACCUAAAUAUAACACGUUUGAUGGUAUAUAUAAGAACCGAAAGGUUCUAAACAGAACAGCCAAAACCAUCUUAGGUCAUCUUUACAUGUCUAUGAUCAAAAGUGACAUAAAACAUAACCAAAACCAUCUAAGGUCAUCUUUACAUGUAUAUGAUCAAAAGUGACAUAAAACAUAACCAAAACCAUCUAAGGUCAUCUUACAUGUAUAUGAUCAAAAGUGACAUAAAACAUAACCAAAACCAUCUAAGGUCAUCUUACAUGUAUAUGAUCAAAAGUGACAUAAAACAUAACCAAAACCAUCUAAGGUCAUCUUACAUGUAUAUGAUCAAAAGUGACAUGAAACAUAACCAAAUCAAUCUAAGGUCAACUUUGCCUGAGGGAGUUGGAACCCUAGUUAAAUGUAUUGUUCUUAAUUCAUCAACGGGAAACUUAUUUGUAAAAGUAUGUUGCGCGACACAAAAAGACACCGAUACAAAGUGAUAGACACCAGAUUUCAACUGCUGAAAGACAGAUGCCAAGAACGACCCAUCAACGUGAUACUAAAUGACUAUUCUUCAUAUACCUGAUAAAAAAAAUAAUGACUAUGUGAAUAUAUUGUGAUUUUGUGACUUUUAAAUAUAUUGUUCUGUGACUUUUAGAUAGAUUGUCUUGUUACAUUUUAAAUAUGUGUUGUAUUUUGGGAUAUCAACAUUAAACAUGUGUUCUUCGUAUAA